AAGGAGAGCGAGGAUGGAGAAUAGUAAGUUUAAUCCUGAGAAAGUUGGGCGCAAAUCCGGAGAGUAUCACCCCUCACUUUGGGGUGAUUAUUUUAUUACCAAUAAUCCAACAUUUUAUGCGAAACAGAAAUCUAAAUCAUGGAUGAAGCAGAGAGCAGAAGAGUUGAAGGACGAAGUAAAGAAAAAGCUGCAUACUACUAGUGAUUUGCAUGAAAGUAUGAGUUUGAUAGAUGCAAUCCAACACCUCGGAAUAGAUUAUCACUUCACAAAGGAGAUCGACGAGGCACUGGAUCACCUCUACAAUACCGAGUUAAAAAGCUUUGCUCUUCACGAAGUUGCUCUCCGUUUUCGAUUGCUUAGACAACAAGGAUUUCCAAUUAUUGUUACACAUUUGGUUGAUGCUUUUGGAUCAUCCUACUCUAUCAAUAAUCACAAUUGGAGUGUUUACACAGAUGAGUUUAACAAGUUCAAAGAUGACAAGGGAAAUUUCGCCAAAACCUUAAGUAAUGAUCCAAGGGGCUUGUUGAGUCUCUAUAAUGCGGCUUAUCUCGGAAUUCAUGUCGAGAAGAUACUCGACGAAGCGAUUUCAUUUUCAAGAAUUCACUUGGAAUCUAAAGCAAAGGACUUGAAACCUCCACUAGCAAACGAAGUAUCGCGCGCUCUUGUGACACCGUUGCAAAGGAGAUUGAAGAGACUUGAGGCAAGGUAUUACAUAUCCGACUAUGAGAUGGAGGAUAAACGCGACGAUGCUAUCCUUGAGCUUGCGAAGUUAGACUUCAAUUUGGUGCAGUCCCUUCAUUGUGAGGAGCUCAAGAAUAUCUCCAUAUGGUGGAAUGAUUUAGGACUCAAAGAUAAACUAUGUUAUCUGCGGGACAGAAUAGUCGAACUCUACUUUUGGAUUUCAGGAGUAUGUUUCGAGCCCGAUUAUUCUCAUGCACGCAUGAUAGCAACAAAGGUGAUAGUACUCACAUGCAUUUUAGAUGAUACUUAUGAUGUCUACGCCACUUUGGAGGAGUGUCGAGCGCUUACCGAUGCAAUACAGAGCAUGCCUAUAUAUAUAAUUAUUAAAGAUGACUUUAGAAUGGAAAAAUAUAAAGAUAGUUUACUGAAAAUACUAGUACAUCUGACAAUUGAAGGAUUAUGUAUGUUUUAUUUUACUAAUAAGUCCCGAAUGAAAGAGGCAUCUAUAUGCAGGUGGGAUAUGGAGGCUAUUGAUCAGCUACCUACAUAUUUAAAAGAUUACUUCCACAAAUUAAUCAGCACCUUCGAAGAAUUCGAGGAUGAGCUUGCACUUGAAGACAAGUACCGCGUUUCUUAUCUUAGGGAAAUGGUAAUUUUUUUCAUCUCUCUUUUAUUGUUUUCGCGGUUUCAGUACAAAAGUGUGGCAAAAGUUUAUCACAAUGAGACCGAAUGGUAUGCGCAUGAUUACACACCGACAUUCGAAGAACAUUUGCAAACUUCGAUAAUUUCCACGGCUUAUCCAAUGUUGAUUUGUGCCUGCUUCGUCGGCAUGGGUAAUGUUGCAACAAAGGAGGCAUUUGAGUGGGUUCUUAGCAUACCAGAAGCAGUUAGAGCUUCAGCCCUUGUAUCUCGACUUAUGGAUGACAUCACUUCAUCUGAGGUAACAAAUCAAAUCUCUCUCUCUCUCAUUUCUCAAUCUCUCCCGAUCUUACGGAUGGUAAGCCCUAAUCAAUUAUUCUAAAAUUACAUACUGAUAAAAAGAACACAUUCAUCAUAAGCUUCAACCUGAUUCAUCCCAUUGGGACGUUAAGUCUGCUAUUGGGCUUCUCGUCGUUAGGUUUAUUGCAUGACUGACCGUUCCUAGAGCAAGUGGCAAAGGGCUUGAUGGUUGGUACCCGAGACCCAAGUUCGAAUCCCAGUUGAUUCACAUUUCUAGCUAAGUUUA